AUGAAGAAGACGGUCGAGGAUCGCUCUUUGGAGUUUCUCAUUCGCCGCGGCAGGGACGCCGAACUGCCACCACUGGCGUCUCUGAGCUGCAAACACUUCAAGCAGCACCACUGGUGCGAUGCCUUCGAUGAUGAGCAAGCUGCUCUUCGUGAGCAGUUGUGGGCUGUGAAGACGCAGCUGGACGUCAUUCCGGCGGAGACGUACACGGCCACUCGUAAUAAACUCUUUCCGCUGGCUGUCAGCGGGGAGCAGCGGAACUUCUCGAACCGCGCAGGACACAAGCUGCUCGAGUCAAUGGAGUCCACUGGGGUCUGGAUGGAACUUUCGAAGCUGUUGCGUGGCAAGUCGAUGAAGCGGCCGCGCAACUUUUCGUUUGCGGACGUGUGCGGCGGCCCCGGCGCCUUCAGCCAGGCGUUAUUCCAAGCCGGCCGAAGGCAGGGGUGGCGGCACCUGCACGGAUAUGGCAUGACACUCGCGGGCGUGAGCGGACUUGAUUGGUACGCUCAUCUUCUCAAAUCGCCGCAGUUUACCUGUACCUACGGCCUUGAUGGCACGGGAGACAUCUUCAAACUGUGCAACAUCGACUGUCUCGCGUCCAUCACCAAGGCUGCACCGAUGCUUCUCGUUGUCGCCGACGGCGGCUUCAACGUCGACUUCUCCGUCGCCAACUACCAGGAGACAAUCUCAUCUCGCAUCAUGUACGGGCAGUGGCUCACGGCCCUCAAACUACUUCGCAAAGGCGGUUGUUUUGUGCUGAAGCUCUUCGACACGUUUUCACCGCUGUCGAGGGCUGUCUUGUACCUGUCGUGUUGUAUGUACCGGCGCGUCCACGUCGCCAAACCGCGCCACAGUCGUGUUGUGAAUAGCGAGCGAUACUUGGUCUGUGUCGACUUCCUCGGCUAUCCGAGCGAGGGGUGGAGUCGGUACCUUGAUUGCUUCUACGAAGUAGGGUUUGUGGACAACGAGCACGUGCCGGAGCUGAUUCCGCGAGAGUGGUGCCUGCAGGAUGUCGUUUUCAUGGCCGACGUGCGGGAAAUGAACACUGCAGUGGCGACGAACCAAGUGAUUGCGUUGCAAAUGAUCCUCGACGCUGCCCCCGCCAUGACCGAGGAGCUCAAAGCCAAAGGGAUCGAAAAGAGGCCGGUGGCGGGGUCUAACGACGGCCGUACACCUCCACUAGGUGAAGGCGAAGACAGCGAGUGA